AUGUCGUCGCCAGUCAGCCAGAGUAAAGUCGCCGCACGGCGGCUGCAUGCCACGGCGCAGCACCUGAAGCCCGCAUCGUCUGCGGCCGAGUCGUACCCCAUGAACCACGAGCCAAUCCAAUCGCCCGCAGACACACCAAACUUCCUCGACAACAAGUUCGUGGCAUCGAAAGCAACACAAUGGAUAGAUCUACACGACCCCGCGACCAACAAUCUGGUUACACGCGUGCCGCAGAGCACAGACGAGGAGCUCAAGGCCGCGGUGGACAGCGCCGAGAAGGCCUUCAAGCCAUGGAAAGAGACCAGCUUGCUUCACAGGCAGCAGAUUCUGUUCAAAUACACACACUUGAUCCGCGAGAACUGGGACCGUUUGGCAGCUAGCAUCACACUGGAACAGGGCAAGACCUUUGGAGACGCGCGUGGUGAUGUGCUCCGUGGCUUGCAGGUUGCGGAAACCGCAUGCGGUAUCACAACGCAAAUGACUGGCGAAGUCCUCGAGGUCGCCAAGGACAUGGAGACACGCAGCUACAGAGAACCAUUGGGUGUUGUAGCUGCCAUUUGCCCUUUCAACUUCCCCGCUAUGAUUCCCCUCUGGACCAUCCCCAUCGCUGCUGUUACCGGUAACACUGUCGUUAUCAAGCCUUCGGAACGCGACCCCGGCGCCUGCAUGAUCCUUGCCGAGCUUGCGGAGAAGGCUGGAUUCCCCGCUGGUGUAAUCAACAUUGUACACGGUUCAGCCAAGACCGUUGACUUCAUCAUCGACGAGCCCCGCAUCAAGGCGAUAAGCUUCGUCGGUAGCAACAAGGCUGGAGAAUACAUCUACUCGCGCGCAUCGGCCCAGGGCAAGCGUGUUCAGGCCAACUUGGGCGCAAAGAACCACGCUGCUGUCCUUCCCGACUGCAACAAGAACCAUGCUCUGAACGCGAUUGCCGGUGCUGCCUUUGGUGCUGCUGGUCAGCGAUGCAUGGCUUUGAGCACUCUGGUCAUGAUCGGCGAGACCAAGGAAUGGGUUCCUGAGAUCGCUGAGCGCGCAAAGGAACUGUCGAUGAACGGCGGUUUCGAGGAGGGCGCCGACCUUGGUCCCGUCAUCAGCCCUCAGUCCAAGAAGAGGAUUGAAGACCUUAUUGCGAGCGCCGAGGAAGAGGGUGCGACUAUCCUCCUUGACGGACGUGGUCAGAAGCCUCCGUCCGACAAGUACGCCAACGGCAACUGGGUAAGUCUUGCUGAUAUGUGA